UCAUGGCCUUAUCUUUGCGCUCAAUUUCUAGCAAUAUUUAUCUGGUGGAUGACGUGGAGGGAUUCGGUCAACCUUUUGAUGGAAUAGGGGGCAUCAGUGGUGGUGGGGCAACGUCUAAGUUACUCAUCAAUUAUCCGGAGAAGCAGAGAAGCGAAAUUUUGGACUAUUUGUUUAAGCCGAACUUCGGAGCAUCGUUGCAAAUUUUUAAAGUAGAAAUAGGUGGAGAUGCCCAGAGUACAGAUGGUACAGAAUCCUCACACAUGCAUAAUGAAGAUGAGAUUAACUUUGAAAGGGGAUAUGAAUGGUUUUUAAUGAAGGAAGCUAAAAAGAGAAACCCAAAAAUCAAAUUAGGAGCUUUAGCUUGGGCUUUUCCCGGUUGGGUGGGAGAAAUACCUAGAGAACCGUAUGCCAAUUUCACAAAGUUAGCUUAUUAUCUUACGACUUGGCUUAAAGGAGCUAAAGACAGAUAUGAUUUAGAUAUAGAUUACAUUGGGAUAUGGAAUGAACAAAAAUGUGAUAAAGAAUUUGUCAAAUAUUUUCGAAAAUAUUUGAACCAAAAUAAUUUAUCGAGUAUCAAAUUGAUAGCACCUGACUCCUACGAUUUAGAAUGGUCGGUGACGAAGCAAAUGCACAAGGAUGAAGAAUUUCACAACGCCAUCGAUAUCAUUGGUGAACAUUAUCCAGGAACAUAUAGUACUCAAGAUGCAGUAAAUACUGGCAAGAUACUAUGGUCAUCGGAAGAUUACAGUACCUUGAACGAUAGAAUCGGUGCUGGUUGUUGGGCUAGAAUCCUUAAUCAAAAUUAUGUUCGGGGAUAUAUGUCUGCAACCCUUUCAUGGAAUUUGAUUUACAGUUAUUACGACGGAUUACCUUAUGGUGGAUGUGGACUCAUGACCGCUAAUGAGCCCUGGUCUGGUCAUUACACCGUUAGUCUACCAAUCUGGGUAACGGCGCAUACCACACACUUCUCCGAACCAGGCUGGUACUAUCUCAAGCACAAUAGAGGUGUAGGAUUAUUGGAUGGUGGUGGAAGCUUCGUUAGUUUGGCCCCAUCUAACAAGACUCAACUUACUAUAAUUAUAGAAACUCUGACAUAUGGAAAUUCCAAAUGCAUCAGGCCCGAGCUAAAACCUUACGCCGUCGCUGAUCAUCAAGUGGUCCAAUUUAUGCUGGGUGGAACGUUUAAGAAUAUUCGAAAGUUGUAUGUGUGGAGAACAGACCUAUCGCCAAAGGUUCCUGAGAGUGAGAGGCAGGUUUUAGAUCCCCAAAACGUUAUUGAGGUUCAAGGUGGUAUAGUGAGCAUAAAUAUUUUAGCUGACAAUCUAUAUACCUUAACUACUAUAUUUCGAGAAUCACCUGUUGUAUAUAAACCUGUUCCCUUGCCAUUUCCGUUUCCGACUCCCUAUUUUGAUGAUUUUGAAGAUUACGUGGAAUUCGCAGAACCUUACAAUUUAUCACCACAAGUGGGUGUUUUUGAAGCAAGGAAGAUUGGUGUAAAUGGUGUAAUGGCUCAAGUGGUUCAACAAACCCCUAUACAUUGGUGCAUAGGAAAUAAAUAUGCCAUGCCCAGCCCUACCGUAGUUAUAGGCGAUUACAAAUGGUCAAACGUAGAAGUAAGCGUAGAUGUUUUAUGGCCAUCUUACACAGGUCCUGCUGGGAUGGGGACUGGUUAUCUAGCCCCCGAGGAUGUGGUUCCUAUUUAUUUAGCCGCGAGGGUAAAUAAAGGAGGUUGCGAAACCCACAAAUCUAACGGAAUAUUCUUCUGGAUACAUCCCUCGAAGAAAUUGUACCGAGUAACCAAUGACUUAAGGGGGAAAAAUAAAUUGUUCGAAGGAAAUAUCUUAGGCUUUGAUCCUUACAAUUGGCACAAAAUCACGCUCAUUGUUAAAGGAAAUCACGCAAUGGGUUACGUAGAUAAAAUCCUCACCUUUAGUGGAAAUUUUUCUAACGUCAAAAGCUCACACGGUUUUGUGGCUCUAGGUACAAUGAAUUAUUCUCCGGCCUUUUUUGACAAUCUUAACAUAUCUUCAGCUAAUUGCGAAUCAAUUGGUUCAACCUCUUACUUGUCUUAUUUCAGGGGAAACUUUAUGGCCCAUAUGAUUUUUUUGAUUGAAUUGAUCCCCAGCAAUAAGAGGCAUUAUUUAUCGCUGGUCAGUACAGCUUUGUACACCUUAGGACACAUCAUUUUAUCUUCUCUAGCCUACGCUUUGCCUUAUUGGAAACAUUUGCAACUCGCCACAGCAUUAUUCAUAGGUGUUUUUAGUUUCGUUAUCGUAUUAGCUGACGAAUCCAUUCCAUGGUUAGUGAGCAGAAAUAGAACAAGGGAGGCAACUUUGUUGAUAGAAAAAGCAGCACAAUGGAAUAAAUUAAUGGACAUAGAAUUCUUUCAACAUUCUAAUAUUUUAAAAAUAUUAAUGGAAUUGAAUAAUAUUAAUCAACCUGUUCAUACCUAUGAUAACUCUGAUGAAGACAUGAAAAAUCAGGAAGAAUUAUUGAAUAAUUCAGUGAUGAUAGUUCAAGAUAUUAUAAUAAAUGAAGACCAAAUAGAGUUAAUAAAUAUAGAUGCUGUUGGUACUAAUAAUAAUAGCGAUAAGGAACAAGAAGAAUUAUCAAUAUCUAAUAAAAGACGAAAUUCAGCAAAAAUCUGGGAAUUUUAUUCUACUUGUGAUAAUAAAAAAAAGGUGAAACCUCAUAAUAAUAACAACUUAGAAAUAAGUAAAUACGUAGAUGAAGCCACAAUUUCCAAUGAUACAAAUCCAUUAGAUUGGUGGAAAUUAAAUAAAAAUAGAUAUCCAGUAUUAUCAAAAAUUGCCAGAGAUUAUCUAGCAAUUUCGGCCACCUCAUCUAGCUCUGAAAGGGCUUUUUCAGAAGGACGGUAUGUUAUAACAGACCAACGUUGUUCACUAGAUGAGCAUACUAUACAAGCUUGCCUGUGCCUAAAAAGUUGGAUGCGCAUGCAAGAUUCUUCUUAA